AUGAAGAGUUUUUCGAUGCUUCCUCUGAUUUUGUCGACAAUUCGGCAGGAGCCGUUACUGAUGACAUCUUCACUGCAUGAAGAUCAACUCAACGGCAAUGGCAUGCUGCCGGAUGAUUCGGGAAUUUCUGUCGUACGAAAUUGUAUGACUCAAUCGUUGAUGAAGGUGGAAGAGGAGACGCCUGCAUCUCAGCUCAUUGUACAAACAACCGCCAGCAGUAAACCUGUUAGGGCGAGUUCUGUCAGUCCACGGCCGACGACUACUUAUGCCGCAGAAACUAGACCCGUUCCAGCAACAGUGCAGAACACAAUUCAAACGCAUACAGUACCUUCAAGAGGUUCCACGGAAAGUAUCGACCAAUCACGCGGUUUUACGCCCGCCAUAACACCGCUUUCAUCACGUUCUCGGACUUCUACUAACAGUAGACAGCAGACGAGACUUUCUCGACCAACCUCUGCUCUGCGACCGCUGGCUAAUCAUCAUCGUACAUCGGAACAUACGACACAUACAGUGGGUGCGAAUCAGAGUCAUGGAAGUGCGACUGCACGCGUGCCCAACCCGAAAGCUCAGUUACUACAAGCGCUGAUAUCAACACCUACAGCAAAUCACAAGGAAAGAGAUCGAAACAGCAACAUUCAACAUACUCCCGAACACUUGAACUCGUUGAACAAUCGCCCAUUCUCGGCACCACGUCCUUCGCCCCAGGCCGGCACUGAUAUACCGGAUUUAGCUGCUUUACAGGAACUCGCUAGGCAACAAGAGGAAGCUUUACGACAGGCCGUAGAACGGCAGCAGCAUGGUAAUGUUGAGCGUAAACAUUCAUGGCAAAACGACGUAGGUUCGAGAAGUAUGCAUUCAUCGGCUGGUUCACUUGUCAGUAGCAAAUCGGCGGAUAUGUCCUCACUCCACAAAGUGAACGCGAAUACGAAAAUCCCUGGUCCGACACGGCUUCCUAGGAAAACUGGAAUUCCGGCGCCUGCUAAGAGAGUUGGAACUCCUGCACGCUGUGCUUCGGCCAUCCCGCAGCCUGCCGCCGACGAUGAAUGCUUCUGA